CGACGAUAUAUCUUUUUAGGAUCAAAUUCGGCUAACAUUAACAUGUCGGCUAACAUGCUGUGUGAUACUGGUACCCAACUUGUUUCGAAUUAGGGUUCAAAUAAGCCAAAAUCCUUCCUCUAAGUGUAUAACCUUCAUGAUACGACCAGAAAUAGACCUUGAGUUACGGUCACAUUUCUUAUGUUGCACUAGACUUUGGAUCAACAACUGCGCCACAACAUAUGAGUGCUAUCCUGGACUAUGUAUCACUGCAUGUAUGUAUAUGAGUCGCCGAAAAGUUGAGAAAACACCUCUUUUUGCCUGCGUUCUGUGAUCUCUGCUAGUCUUUCUUCAACUCAACUUCUCUAUAAUCUAAGCGCACUCCUACGACCAAAGUCUCACCUCGCUCUUCUUCCCCUAUAAUACCUACAUUACCUAGGUAUACUUUGAAGUCUUUCUCGCAUUACGAUGUUGAAGUUAGCUGCGCUCGGUGUCCGAGGCUUUCUGCUUCUAUUCAGCGCAGUGGUACUAGGCCUCUCCGUAACUCUUGCGAAGCAGCAAGUCGAGGGUGCGCCCCCUUCAGAAACAUCAUUUGGAAGCUUCUGCGGUGCGUUCGGUAUACUGGUGUCGCUGGUGGGCAUCGCUACAUUAUUCAUCGACAAGAUCCCAGCCAUAGUGCCGAUGAUAGCAGAUGGUCUUGCAACAGCGCUUUACCUUGCUGGUGCCAUCGCAUUGACGAUUGCUUUGAAGCCAAUACCCAGUUGCACGGGUGACGAUGACGAAAGCCGGAUCGAAAGAAUCCAAAACAAGCUCCUAACAGGUGGCUGCCGAACUGUUGGCGGUUUUGACGUAUGUCCGGGUAGACCUGACGAAAACGGAUUGAAGGGCCGAUGCCAAAGGGUACAGGCCGACUACGUAUUCGAGUAUUUAGCCUUUGCUUUCGGAGUCGCCAUGAUAGCUUUAACCUUCUUCUUCAACAAGGGGAAGGGAAGUAGAACCGCGACCUAUGUCUAGGAACCUUACCUGCUAAUUUAGGACUAAUCAUUUACCUAUCUGGUCGGCCAUGAAAGGGUAUGGGAUUGUUCACACUUAGGUACCUCCUACCUAGGUAUGUAUUGGAAGGGAUGAUGACGAGGAAAAUGUCUUCCAGGAUCCAAUUAUAUAUUUAGGAUGUUAGAAUAAAAAGUAAACGAGGGUGACAGAAAUCCUUGUAUUGUAUUGUUGUGUUGGGACGGAGUAUGGCAGUAGCUUCUUCCGAAUGGCUCAUCCCAACAUGGGCUUCCAGUUAGAUAUAACCGUGCAAGAGAGCACAGUCGGAACUUCGCAGUGAUGUGUUUCAUCGGAAUGUGGGCACCCGUUUGUGAUAUGUAAUACCACACAAUACAGAGCUUCAAACCCGGACAAACCGUUAGAUUCUGC